AUGGCUGUGGCGGCGAAGCUCGCCGUCGUGCCGCAGAGCGUACACCUCCGUGCCUGUGCGUCGCCGGCGGCGUCUACCGCCGCCACGCCGGUGACUGUAAGCCUCAGAAACGCGUCGCCUAAGCAAGAUGCAGCAGCGCUGGCGCCCGUGGUCGAGAAGGUCGUUGCGAUCGGCCGAGGCGACCCUGAUGCGAAGGUAGCACCGACUCUGUCUUGCAUGUGGCACGAGCUUCAGGGCACCAAUGACUGGCGAGGCCUGGUGGAGCCGCUCCAUCCGCUGCUCCUUGCCGAGAUCGUGCGGUACGCGGAGCUCGUGGCCGCCUGCUACCAGGCGUUCGACCUGGACCCACGCUCGAAGCGGUACCUCAACUGCAAGCACGGCAAGAAGCAGAUGCUGAAGGCGGUCGGCAUGGCCAGCGCCGGAUACGUGGUCACCAAGUACAUCUACGCGGCACCCGACGUGACUCUGCCCAUGGGUGUCGGCCGGUCCUGCAGCAAGAGCCGGUGGAUCGGGUAUGUAGCCGUCGCGACGGACCGGGAGGCAGCUCGUCUCGGCCGGCGCGACAUCCUCGUCUCCUUCCGUGGUACGGUGACGGUAUCAGAGUGGCUGGCCAAUUUCAUGAGCGCACUCUCGCCGGCGCGCUUCGACCCGGCCGACCCCCUCCCAGACGUGAGGGUCGAGUCGGGGUUCCUCUCCCUCUACACCUCCGAUGAUGUCUCCGGCAAGUUCACCACCGGAAGCUGCCGCAACCAGCUUCUGUCCGAGAUCUCCCACCUUGUCACCAAGCAUAUGCACGAAGACCUCAGCAUAACCCUCGCCGGCCACAGCAUGGGCAGCUCCCUAGCCCUUCUCCUCGGUUACGACCUUGCUGAACUCGGCCUGAACACCAAACCCCAUGGUGGCGUCAUCCCCAUCACUGUCUUCUCCUUCGCUGGCCCGCGGGUUGGCAACCUCGAGUUCAGGAACAGGUGCGUCAAGCUCGGCGUCAAGGUGCUACGUGUAGUGAACGUGAACGACCCGGUGACCAAGAUGCCCGGCGUCCUCUUCAACGAGAGCGCUAGGAUUCUUGCUGGCCGGUACGAGCUGCCGUGGAGCAAGGCUUGCUACGCGCACGUUGGCAUAGAGGUCUCCCUCAAUUUCUUCAAGGUCGGCGACAUAGCCUGCGUGCACGACCUGGAGGCGUACAUAGAUCAGCUCCUGAAGUGCGCCAAUGACGUCACCAUUUCCUCCGAUUCGAUCGGGGAAGAUCAAGAAGGUGUAAGUGGUCGGGUUUCAUCUAUGUUCGAGUCCUGGAGGUGGCAAAUGGCGGCGAUACGUGCCGGUGAGUUGAUGCAGGCGCUUGGGAUUUGA